CGUUCUGAUCUCAUUUGUUGGUCAGAAAGCGAGGCUGCAAGUGGCAGAAGCAGUCAAGAGCGUCAGACAGGAGAAAAAGGUAGGCACGCGGUCCCACGUGACACUCAAGAAGCUCGGCGGAAGGCACGGUCCCAGUCGCGACUCCCAAAGAAAUUCCGUGACAUCUCACUUGUGGUCCCGCAAACACGGUUGCGACAACCGCAAUCGACUCGCCACUUCCUUCAUCGUCACUGCUUUCGCCGACUUGUCCACAGUCCCUACAGCCUCAUUGCUACUUCUAAAUGGAAUAGCCAUACCCGCAGAAUUUUGACCCGCUGUAGCCUACCCCGACCUGGGAGCUCGAAUAUACGACUUCAUCAUGGCCACCGAUCCAAAGGCGGCGCCGCUCGCCGACGACUUGAAGGAGCUCGCUCUAUCUUUACCCACGAGUGUCUUUCCCAAGGCGUUCUUUUGCGCAUUGUGCAGCGAGCUUGCUAUUGAUUCAUACAAGCUGCUGUGUUGCAACAAAGUUAUCUGCACUCCAUGUCAAACGAAGCUUUCCUUUCCCACGACCUGCCCGUCAUGCGAUCACUCGCCUCUCGAGGCCGAUUCGUGCACGCCAAACAAGGCAUUGCGCAACACAAUGCGCGUGUGGCUGCAGAAACAGAAGAAGAAAGAGGAGGCUAAAGCAGCCGCGCAAGCCGCUACACCAGUAGCAGAGGCUACGCCAGCUGCUAUAGAGGCGCCGUCUGAGGUGGAGGGUGCGGACAAACCAAUCGACAGCGUCGAGGAGGUAACAGCUUCAGGUGAUGUGCCAGCCGAGUCCGCAGUGACUGCCGCUGAAGGCGGAGACGCUCGACCACGUACAGUGUCCGCUUCCGCGCAGCCAAACGAGGUAGGUCUUCAUCUUCCUUUAAUCGCUACACGAGUUAGUGUCUGCAAACGGUUUAAGUACACAGAGACGAAACUUAAGAGAUUCGGAUGGCUAAAGUCAAUGAACACUAUCGAUCUUGCACGUGUCGGUGGCUGUAACAUGCAUAUCUCGCCGUGUGCACUUGCUGAUUCCAAGCAGGAUUCUGUCGCACAUGACAACGACGACCUGGAACGACGCGGAAGCUUAGUGUCACAGACCGCGACGCAAAGUGUUGAGCCGUCUGCUGCAAAUGCCUCUCCUGACGACCAAACCAAGCCGAACGGGCCAGCGAACAUGAUGGGAAACAAUUUCAUGAUGAACGGCCAGAUGGGGUUCGGUUUCCAAGGCCAAGGCAACUUCGGUGGCAUGGGUUUCAAUGGCAUGUCCAACAUGAUGAGCAAUGCUAAUUGGAACAACAUGAAUCCUAUGGGUACGUCCUAAUUGCCUGAAAUGACUUUCGAAGACUAG